CUCAUACCAAAGACAUUUUUAAUUUGUUCUGUAAACACAAAAAAAAUCUUGCCAUUCUUCACUGAUUGGUAAAAAUCGGGAGGAUGACGAAAGCUGUUGCGACGACAUUUUUGUCGCUAAAUUUCUGUAUGUAUUCUAUAGUCUUGGCCAUUGGAGGCUGGGCUACUAACAAAGCCAUCAAUGAAGGGUUCUUUAUUGGCUCAGGAUUCGAUCUGCCUGAGCAAUUCUCUCCGAUAUGUUAUUCAAUGGGGAAUGCAGCCACGGGAUUCUUCGUCGUGUUUUCUCUUAUCGCCAGCGUGUUUGGGGUCGCGUCUCUCAUAGUCGGCAUUGACCAUAUCCGGCAUUGGAACAGUGAUGGUUCAAGUGCUAUGCCAUCUGCUGUUUCAGCGGCUACUGUUGCCUGGAGUCUCACUGCUCUUGCCAUGGGGAAAGUGGAGCUGAAGACAGAAGAAUUUGUUUUAGGGAACGUUAUCGAUGCAGUGGUUACCCAAGCUAUGAUUCCACUGGAGGAGAAGAAUUUAAAGUUACUUCAUGAUGUCCCUGACCGGAUCAGAUCCCUCACCCUAUACGGAGAUCAAAUUAAGCUUCAGCUCGUUCUCUCGGAUUUCUUGCUCAGUGUAGUGAAUCACUCACCUUCUUUGGAUGGUUGGGUGGAAAUCCGGGUGGUCCCUGGCUUGAAGCUGAUGCAAGAUGGGAAUGCAUUCAUCUGUGUCCAGUUCAGGUAACCUCUACAAUAUAUUUUUUUAAAAAGUUCAUGUCAAUACUCCAAGGAAUUUGAGGUUUUACAUGUACACUCUAAGAUUGCGUGAUCGUGACAAGUGUUCCCAAGAUUUAAAUAUUUUUACACAAAUACUUCAAGAUUACAAAUUGAUCGCAUAUACUCGUGAAAAAAUGGGGGAUCAAUGU